AUGAAAGUCCUUACUUAUAUUUUAGUUUAUCGCCAGUUUCUCCUUAUAGUUUUCACUCUCUUGGUUUUACUGCCAUUGCCAGUCAUCGUUCGCACCAAGGAAGCAGAAUGUGCCUACACACUCUUUGUCAUUGCCAUAUUUUGGCUUACAGAAGCUUUGCCUCUGUCAAUAACAGCUUUACUGCCUGGUUUAAUGUUUCCACUUUUUGGGAUCAUGACUUCUAAGAAGGUGGCAUCUGCUUAUUUCAAAGAUUUUCAUCUACUGUUAAUUGGAGUCAUCUGUUUAGCAACAUCAAUAGAAAAAUGGAAUUUGCACAAAAGGAUUGCCCUGAGAAUGGUGAUGACGGUGGGUGUGAACCCAGCAUGGCUGACACUGGGGUUCAUGAGCAGUACCGCCUUUUUAUCCAUGUGGCUUAGCAACACCUCCACGGCUGCCAUGGUGAUGCCCAUCGUUGAGGCUGUGGCACAGCAGAUCAUCAGCGCCGAAGCCGAGGUCGAGGCCACUCAGAUGACUCGUAUCAGUGGAUCAGUCAACCAUGGACUGGAAAUUGAUGAAGUUGUUGAAACAAAUGAGAAGAAAGAGAAACCAAUACCAGUUCCAGGAUACAGUAAUGAUGCAGGAAAAAUUUCAAGCAAGACAGAGCUAGAAAAGAACUCAGGCGGGGGAACCAAGUAUCGAACAGAGAGGGACCACAUGAUGUGUAAACUUAUGUGCUUGUGUAUUGCUUACUCUUCUACCAUUGGAGGAUUGACAACCAUCACCGGCACUUCUACCAACUUGAUCUUUGCUGAGCAUUUCAAUAUGCGCUACCCUGACUGUCAUUGCAUUAACUUUGGAUCAUGGUUCAUGCUUUCCUUCCCGGCUGCUAUUAUUAUUCUGUUAUUGUCCUGGAUCUGGCUUCAGUGGCUUUUCCUAGGAUUCAAUUUUAAGGAGAUGUUCAAAUGUGGCAAGACCAAAACCGCCAAACAAAAAGCUUGUGCUGAGGUGAUUAAACAAGAAUACCAAAAACUUGGCCCACUGAGGUAUCAGGAAAUUGUGACCUUGGUGCUCUUCGUUGUAAUGGCUCUGCUGUGGUUUAGCCGAGAUCCUGGGUUUAUUUCUGGUUGGUCUGCACUUUUUCCCAAGUAUCCUGGUUUUGCUACAGAUUCAACUGUUGCCUUACUUAUAGGAAUCCUAUUCUUUCUUAUCCCAGCUAAGAAAUUGACUAAAACUACACCUACAGGAGAAAUUGUUGCUUUUGAUUAUUCACCACUGAUUACUUGGAAAGAAUUCCAGUCAUUCAUGCCCUGGGACAUAGCCAUUCUCGUUGGUGGAGGGUUUGCCUUGGCAGACGGCUGUGAGGAGUCAGGACUAUCUAAGUGGAUAGGAAAUAAAUUAUCUCCUCUAGGCUCCUUACCAGUAUGGCUAAUCAUUCUAAUAUCUUCUUUGCUUGUCACAUCUUUAACAGAGGUAGCCAGCAAUCCAGCUACCAUUACCCUUCUUCUCCCUAUAUUAUCUCCAUUGGCUGAAGCCAUUCAAGUGAACCCUCUUUAUAUUUUGUUACCUUCUACUCUGUGUACUUCAUUUGCAUUCCUCCUUCCAGUAGCAAAUCCGCCCAAUGCUAUUGUUUUUUCCUAUGGCCAUCUAAAAGUUAUUGAUAUGGUUAAAGCUGGACUUGGUGUUAACAUUGUGGGUGUUGCUGUGGUGAUGCUGGGCAUGUCCACCUGGAUUGGGGCUAUGUUUGACCUCUCUACUUACCCUUCCUGGGCUCCACCAAUCAGUAAUGAGACUAUGCCAUGA